UCGCCAGUGCCGGCCGACACCGCGACCCGGCUGGCCGAUACCACGGCUCUUCAACCGUUUCCACACCAGUGCGAUUUGCGAAACAUUUCUACGUACAUUGUGCAAGCUCUAUCGAAAUGUUGCCUACUACGGUGCUCCUGUUUGUGCUGCAUUUUGUCGCCGCUGAUAUUCCGUCAUAUAUAAAAGUAUGUCAGCGGAACGACCCCCAAGUUGACAAGUGCAUCAUGAAUUCCGUGGAUUUGUUGAGGCCAAAGAUGAUUGAGGGUAUCCCAGAACUGAAUGUACCAGGAAUCGAACCUCUAAGCUUGGGGCAGAUUGCUCUAGCUCGCGGCCCUCAGGGUGCCAAGCUGACUGCAGUUGUGAACGAUGUCAAAGUCCGUGGGCCCAGCAACUUCAUCAUUGAAGAACUUAAAUCAGAUCUGGACAAGAACAGGUUUGACUUCAAGCUGCUGCUGCCGAAGCUGGACUUCGCCGGCAAGUACAAGAUGGACAUCCAGGUGCUGCUGCUGCGUCUGCAGGGCAGAGGAAACAUCACGGGCACCUUCAGGGACUACGCUUGCAACGUCACAAUGAGGGGACACAAAGAAAAGAUCGGAGAAGACGAAUACCUUCAGUUCGAUCCCUUCAAAGUGAAGCUCCGCGUUGGCCAGUCCUCCAUCUACCUGACUAACUUGUUCGACGGCGACCCAGUCCUCGGGCCCGCCACCAACAGGGUCAUCAACGAGAACUCACAAGUCUUCCUUCAAGAAAUCAGCCCGGUCCUAGAGAAGUCCCUUGCGGACCUCUUCACAGAAAUGGCGAACAAAAUAACGUCAAAGUUUACUUAUAAAGAACUUUUCCCGUGAUUCGUGGUCAUUUUGGUUUAACCUGUAAUUUUAAGUUGUUUGUGAUUUUGUAUGUACGUCUGUCUAUGUUUAUGUGGGUCGUUAACAAUGUCGAAGGCCUGUGGAAAUUCGAAAAAUAUUUUAGGGUUGGUUCAUUAAAUAUCGCUUCCAUUCUUAUCAUCAAAUGUAAUAACAACAAUCUCAUAAUUAAAAUAUUUCAUAGUUCUCAUAUUACUUAUUCAUGUGUCAUGCCAGCCCUUUACGGUUAUAUUGUACAGUGAUUAGUUUCAAAGUGUUAACACAGAUACUAGUUGUAAGGUAUUGGUUAUUUAAGUGGUAAAGUAAGGUUGUAAAUAAAUAGCAUAGUAUUAUUUAACAGAACACGUACCGGCUGACGCAACUUCAGAUUGUGUAAAUAAAUUCUUCUUGGAAACGGAUGAAGUGUUCAAACAUAUAUUUGCAUUAUGAUAUAAACACAUCAAUAGUGUUAUUAUGAUCAUUCGUAAAAUUUGAUCAAUGCAUGUAUCAUCUUCAUCAGUCAUGGUCUUCAUCCAAAGCCUUGUUCAAAGUAUAUAGAGUAAUUAUUUAUACAUCAAUAUCAUUGUUAAAUUACAUUCCUGUAAUGAUUAGCACAUAUUUUCUUAUAUCAAUGGAUACCCAUAUGGCAUAUCCAUGCUAACUGGUAACUUUGCAAAGGAGGAUAUUACAUAUUGUACACUUUUCUACUGCAUCCCAAUCAAAUAUUAAUACCGAUUCAUCAACUUGGCUUCUCAUUUAUUAAAUCAAUGUAUCUGGAAGGCGUUACAAAUAUUGUAGGUCUAAUAUCAUUUGUUUCAUAUUCAUCUGUUUUAUUCGGAAUUAACUCUGUAACUACGCUUGCAAUUGUCAUUACUAUAUCAUUGACAUGUGAUAUCAGGAGAUAAUGUAAAAAUAAAUAUAAUUCGUCAGUUCA